AAUCCCCCGUCGCCCCUCUGUCGCUAUGAAGGAUACAUAGAGUGCGACUUGAAUUGACAUCAACAUGACAAGAAUAAGAUGCUGCAAAUGUCAUCACCAGGUGUGAGCGUUACACGCUGCUUUGCUGAAGUCAAGACGAAAUGGAAGGACAAGGGGACGGACGGCACAACGGUCCAAAUUGCUACCGUAUUCCGUUGCCGAUAGGAAACGGAGCACGGAAUAUAGAGACCCUGGGACUGAGAGUGGUUAUUUCGAAUCAGGAGAUCAUCUUUUCCAUUCACGCCCUGAUAAGGCCGCCCGAGAACGACGAUGCGAACGAAAACGACAACAACACGGAGGACAACGACAACGACGAGGACGUCAAUAUCGAAGAUAACGAUGAAAUUAUCGAGGAAAACCUGGAGGAUGUCGAUCACGAAGACAACAUGGAGGACAACGAUGACAACAUCGAUUACGAGGAGGACGUCACGGAGGAAAGCGACGCUGACGGUGAAGAGAACGAGGCCGAUUUCGAAAUCAACGACAACGGCCCGCAUAACGAGUAUCACGCGGCUAACAACAAUCCAAACGACGCGCCUGAUGAAAACGCCUUCUCCUUUCGAAUUUGGGUAAGGCCGCUGCUGCACGGCGACGUCUUUGACGACAUUUUCCUGGAGUUGCGCUUGGUGAAUAACGACGACCUGGACGACCUGGACAACAACAUCGACAACGGCGACCUGAACGACGACAAUAUCGACGACGACAAUUACAUCGGCGACGAAAGCAUCGACGCGGCAACUGACGCGGAGGACAAUAAUGACGACGAGGGUUUCGAAGACAACGACUGCAACAACAACGACGAAGGCUUUGAUGAAAACGAAAACCACAACACUGAAAAUGUUGACAAUAUUGUUCAAGAAAACACAAAUAAUUUAAUCCAGGAAGUGGAGCGGCAGGAAGACGAUCCUUUACCCGGACCGUCAAAGGAGCGUAGAGAAGACGAUGACCAGAACGAAGGUAGUAAACAGUCACAGUGGUGGGACGAUUCCAACUCGGAUAGUUUUUCCGACAACUUCCUCGAAGAAGACGAAGAGCAUCGGUGUGGCAAAUGGACUCAGAGAUCGAGCGACGACGCGGACUCGCAAGACGACAAACGAGGCGGGAAGCAAACGCGGAAGAAAAACAUUUCUUCCGCACCCAACUCGGACGACGAAGUUCCUUCCAAGGAGGAGGAGCCUUGUUUGAGCGAACAAGAGGGCGACGUGGACACGCUCACUGGAUCGCCCAGGAAGAGGUCGCGAGGGGAAACGGGACACCCGGUCGAUACCGGAAACCACAAGAAGCGUUCCCGGCAAGGAAUGGACUCUGAAAACGACUUUGACGAUGUCGACCAAAACCCUCGACCGGCGUCGUCAAGAAGCAACAAAGAAGAAGAAAGCAAGGAUGGAGAAAAAUAAUGUAAGCACUAACGAUUUGAAUGCACAUCUUUUGAAGCAAAAUAGAGCGCAAUACCUUGCUGCAACCAGCAGAGGCGCUGUGGUUUGAUUCUCAACGAGUCCAAAGAAGAACAUGACGCAUGGGAAGUUGAGCAACAUCCACGCCAUGCCACUAGGCAGCAUUAUUCUGCUCAAUAGGAUGCUGGCAUGGAAACAGGAGCACAGAACAUUCUGAGAGCGACAACAGUGGACUAUGGAAGAUCUGGAUCUGAAACCAGGAUUCCAAUUCUUUGUUCCAUUUUCCGUACUAAAGGAAAGUUUUAUUGUGUAUACAUCUUUUAAUGAUAGUUAUACCAAGUUCUGAUCCAGUGAAGUAACAUUUACUUGUGUUACUGAAAUUAAAUAGUCUUUAUGUGUACUUUUUAAGUAUUUUCGUUGUUGUUGUAUUAUACUGAAGUAGGAUUUGUUUAAAGCAAUGGUUUUACAAGUACAUUUGUAAAACGUAUUUUGUUUUGCAAGUACUACCGUCUUUGCUACCUCCGCUUACCAUCAUGUUCAGCUUCCAACAUGUGGCGUGUACUUGCUGGUAAUUCAUUUGUGGCGUAUGAGGUGAAUUACAAUUAAUAUUUCAGUACAAUGUCAUUUAAUGUAUUCAAUUUCAGUGAAUAUUGUUUAAUAAAUUUGUAUUUGCGCAAUUAUGUCACUUAUGUAUGAGAAAAAAAAAAUACUAAUAGAUGGACCCUGGGUCCCACCAGUACUCAUACCGCAUAUGGUUUGAAGUAUUACUUACUUCAAAUUGGUUGUGAGUUCAAACCCCGGCCGAGUCAUACCAAAGACUAUAAAAACGGGACCCAUUACCUCCCACUUAGCAUCAAGGGUUGGAAUUAGGGGUUAAACCACCAAAAUGAUUCCCGAGCACGGCCACCGCUGCUGCUCACUGCUCUCCUCACCUCCCAGGGGGUGGAACAAGGGGAUAGGUCAAAUGCAGAGAGUAAUUUCACCACACCUAGUGUGUGUGUGUGUGACUAUCAGUGGUACUUUAACUUUAAAUUUACUGCCAGU